CCUAAAGCGUCAUAGAGGGGGCGGGGCAUCUCGAUCGGGGAUGAGCUUUAAACAUGAGAGCAUAACCUUAGGGUUGUGUUCCCUAUCACAACAGUCCGUUUCAGACUCAAAAAGCGCUUCCAGCUGCGGGGGUGUAUGAGGAGCAUCAGAGUAAAGAGUUUUACCUCGACCAGGUAGCGAAGGAGGUGAAAGUAGGAGUGGAAGAGGGGGGGCUGUGGUUGGAUUUAGUGAAAGAAAACAAUAUGGCCGCGGUGGAGCUGGAAUGGAUCCCUGAGACCCUGUACAACACCGCUAUCUCAGCCGUGGUCGACAACUACGGCCGAUCGCGACGGGACAUCCGCUCUCUCCCUGAAAAUAUACAGUUUGAUGUUUACUACAAGCUUUACCAGCAAGGCCGGCUCUGCCAGCUGGGAGGGGAGUUUUGUGAGCUGGAGGUCUUCGCCAAAGUCCUCAGGGCCUCUGACAAAAGGCACCUCUUACACCACUGCUUCCAGGCUCUGAUGGACCACGGUGUGAAGGUCGCUUCAGUCCUGGCCAACUCCUUCAGCCGCCGAUGUUCAUACAUAGCAGAGUCAGAUGCGCAUGUGAAAGAGAAAGCUAUACAGUUUGGCUUUGUUUUAGGUGGCUUUUUAUCAGAUGCCGGUUGGUAUGGAGAUGCAGAGAAAGUGUUUCUGUCUUGCCUCCAGCUGUGCACAUUACAUGAUGAGGUUCUUCACUGGUAUCGUGCAGUGGAGUGCUGUGUGAGGUUACUUCAUGUGCGUAAUGGCAACUGCAAAUACCACCUGGGAGAAGAGACUUUCAAACUGGCCCAGUCUUACAUGGACAAACUAGCCAAACACGGCCAUCAGGCUAAUAAGGCUGCCCUGUAUGGAGAACUGUGUGCCCUGCUCUUUGCCAAAAGCCACUAUGAUGAGGCUUAUAGGUGGUGUAUAGAGGCUAUGAGGGAGAUCACUGUCGGCUUACCUGUGAAAGUAGUAGUUGAUGUUCUCAGACAAGCCUCUAAGGCUUGUGUUGUUAAGCGGGAGUUCAGGAAAGCUGAACAACUGAUAAAACAUGCAGUCUUUUUGGCACGGGAACAUUUUGGGCACAAGCACCCAAAAUACUCAGAUACACUACUAGAUUAUGGAUUUUAUCUCUUAAAUGUGGAUAAUAUCUGUCAGUCAGUGGUAAUUUACCAGAUUGCACUCGAUAUUCGGCAGUCAGUGUUUGGAGGAAAGAAUAUUCAUGUUGCGACUGCACAUGAGGACUUGGCGUAUUCGUCCUACGUCCAUCAGUACAGCUCUGGGAAAUUCGAUAACGCACUAUUCCACGCAGAACGUGCCAUAGACAUCAUAACUCACAUUCUCCCUGAAGACCAUCUGCUGCUGGCCUCGUCCAAGAGGGUGAAAGCCCUAAUCCUGGAGGAGAUUGCCAUUGAUUGCCAUAACAAAGAAACAGAGGAACGCCUCCUGCAGGAGGCCCAUGAUCUGCACCUCUCCUCCCUCCAGUUGGCCAAAAAAGCCUUCGGAGAGUUUAACGUUCAGACGGCGAAACACUACGGCAACCUGGGCCGCCUCUACCAGUCCAUGCGCAAAUUCAAGGAGGCAGAGGAGAUGCACAUCAAGGCCAUUCAGAUCAAGGAGCAGCUGUUGGGACAGGAAGACUAUGAGGUGGCUCUGUCAGUGGGACACUUGGCCUCGCUUUAUAACUACGACAUGAAUCAGUACGAUGAUGCCGAGCGCCUCUACUUGCGAUCCAUCGCUAUUGGCAAAAAGCUGUUCGGGGAGGGUUACAGUGGACUGGAAUAUGACUACAGAGGCCUGAUAAAACUGUACAACUCAGUUGGAAACUACGAGAAGGUCUUUGAGUACCACAAUAUUCUGUCCAACUGGAAUCGUUUAAGGGACAGGCAGUUUGCAGUAGCCAACGCGCUGGAGGACGUCAACACGAGCCCCCAGGUCACAGAGCAGGUGGUGCAGUCUUUCCUGCUUUCCCAGAGCCACGGUGCCGGACGCUCCUGCUUGGGCUAACAGCUGGGAAGCCCACCUGAAACAUAUAGAUGUGCACACCCACCCCCAUUUCACUUCAUUUAUUCACAAGUAGUCAAGACGGGCAGGGAGUGUGAAUAUCAUCUUGAGUUUCUCAAGCUCUUGGACUGUCAAUUCACUUUUACCAGCAACUCCCUGUGCCCAUUUUCCUUAAAAUGGGAGAAAAACCAUGACAUCUUUCUGACCAUGCUAACACUCAUGAUGGAUAAGCAACCAUUCAUUGAAUUUAUUCACUCUUCUCGCAACUUGGAAGAACCAGACCGUUUCUCUGACUUCAUGUGGAGUUGACUUUAAAAAAAACAACAGUCCAACAAAGACGGAAAACACACACCCUCUGUUCUUUUUUUUAUUUUAUUUUGUAUUUGAAGGAGAGUUGCUCCACACUACAAAAAUACUUUAUCACCACAUCAUCUAUUUGUGGAAGAAAUUGCUCUCAGAAAAUGCGCCCACAGAACGUCUCUCCUAUAACCGAGUGAAGGAACAUCCGUAGACGUCUGUGUCCCCAUUAACACGAGGAUUAGAGCUUGACUUCAUGUAAUGCAAAGCUUUGCAUUUGAGGAUUACCUGUGUGCUCUCUGGAAAAUGAGACCAGCCAUGUUACAUUAUGGACCAUUAUGUUUAUUUUUGCUUUUUUAUUAUUAAUUCAUGUCAUGUGUGGAAUUUAUGGACCAGUGGGUUUAACGAAUGCUCUAGAUACCUUGUUUUAAGUUCUCUUCUGGUUUUGUAUUCCCUUAGUACUGACAUAGCUUAUUUUAAACUGCCAAUAAUUUAUAUGCAAGGUAUGCUACAACUUGUAGGUGUAAUGUUGCAAACAGAUGAGCCAAAAUGACUUCUGUUAAUAAUAAUACAUGUGUGACCACAGCAAAUUGCCAUAAUAUAAACUAAACUGAGUGGGAGAAUGAGUUCACAAAGCCGGCUUUCUGUCAUAGCGAAGCCUUAUUCACACACACACACACACACAAAAUAUAUAUAUAAGCUGGAGCGGUGAUAGUUACGGGACCAGGUUUCCCAGGUCGUUGUUGUUUUCCUUUCAGAGCUCGGCCCCGGGUGGCGUAGAUUAACACCCCUGGCCCACUGCCAGCUGACUGGACACACCAAAAAAAAGGCUGAGCGCAGCACCUGUCAUUGUAAAGAGGCUCUCCUGCAGGGGAACCUACGGUAUAGUGUGCAGGGGUGUGAAUCCACACACGAUUGUGUAGUAUCAGUGCAAUAUUUUGCUGAAUGCACCUGUACCACUCCAAAUCCAACCAGUCUGACUCAUUUCACUGCCGCUCCUCUCUCAAAUAUCCAAAAGCUACACCGACUCGUAACCAAGUUGACAAGGAGAACAUUUCAAGUUGAAUGAGGACUGUUGCGAUUAAAUUGGCUGAUUUUUUUUCUCACUCCUCAUAGAGAACUCAUUGUAUUAUUAUUUUUUUUUUUUUGCAGAAACAAAGCCUUGCUGCAGGCUAGUCAUGUAGAAUGUGCUGUUAAUGUCUUGCAGCUUUUUAGCCCUCGAUCACGGCAGCAGCUGCAGCACCAGGACCCCAGCUCGAGCUGAUGUCCCAGCCUUAGUCUUAAAGGACUCUCAGCUGGUGGGGAUCUAAUUUUUUAGCCUUUUACGAGUAGCUUGCUUUGGCUGAAACCUCCAUCUGAAGAAUUUCAAACACCUUUUCGCCCUGUUAACCGAGCAAGAGAUCGGCUACAACAUGUGAGCAACGUUAUUUUGCUCAUUUUCACUCCUUAAAAAUCCCUUUAUUGUUAAGGUUGAGGUUUGAUUGCAAGGAAUCAGGUGGUCAAAAUACCAUACGUGAGACAGCGAGGGAAGGACGGGAAUUUGCCUUGGUUAGAGAGAUGGAAUAUUUUAACAAAUAAACUGUGAUCUUGCAAACUUGCAUUUCUAUUGACUCUAUGUGGGACUGAAUUAGUGGAGUUCUCAUAUCAGAUGAUGAGUUUAGGAAUAUGAACAUCAGAUAAUGCACAUGGGAAAUUAGUAAGCUUGGUGAAUGCUAAGAGAAUUCAUAACGUAGCUCUGAUUGCUUCCUUCUGAAUGUCGAUUCAAGGGCUCAUUCGUCAACCUCAAGUGGCGUUUCAUGGUUAGAAAGAUAAUUGAUCACUUGAUUUUUUUUUUUUUUAUCUGAAUAGGCCACAAUCCCCCCAAAAACAAAGGUGCUUCUGGGUCAAACGUUCUCUUUCUUUGCAUGUUUAAGUAAUUGUAUAUAGAUGUAGAUGCAUAGCUACAAGUGGUUAUUGUCCCAGUGAGCUCCAUAGUGACAGAAAAACAAUCUUAUACUGAGCAGUUAAUAAAUGUCCCAUGAAAUAAGAGAACAAAAGAUGAAUUUUGUGACUCAAAAGUGUUAAACUGAUCACUGAAAUGAAUAAAAAGCAUCCUCUGACAAUAAAAGCAAUCCUGUCACUACAGUCCUUCACUUUUCUUCGAAAUCUGCCCUCAGAGUGUUUGAGAAUGUAAUUACGGGUUGAUAACGAUAAAGUGGGGCCUUUUGAUGCUAAUCAUCUUAAUGAAGUCCUCAGAUGUGCUGCCACGUGUAGAUUGUGAUUUAGCCAAAGUGCUGUUUCAGAUGGACGAUGGCAAUCCUUGAAGUAACAACCUAUGAGUGGAAGUGAUCUUUUUAUGAUUUUGUUUUUAAGACCUGUUUGUCUGUAUCCAUUGGAGACACUCUAGGAGUGAAGUCCGAUGGCAAAAAAAGAGGAAAUUUGUGUUGUUUAACAUUGAUACUGACUGUUACCCUGGAAAUGUCAGUAACCUGUGCCACAGUGAGCCUCUGCUUGGAUAUUCUUCAGUCAUUGGCUUUAUGUAACUCACCCCCAGUAGAGUCUGCUGUACAUUGUACAUCUGUAACCACCAAAUCAUUAUUAAACUCAUUUGUAUCCACCAUUGUGAAAAUCUGUAACUACUUCUAACACAAAAAAAACAAUAUAGAGCUGUCUAAUAGACUACAAUGAGCAAUAUUGCUUCUGAAGUAUUAAAAUUGCUUUAUUUUUUGCCUUUA